AUGCGCAACCCCCCAAACCAGAACUCAACCGGUGGAGGACACCGCUACCCCGCACCGCAUCUCUCACCCGCCACACCCCUCGACAUCCCCGUGCUGGCCGAAGUCAUAAUCGCCGCGCACACCCAAGACCUCUUCGGCUGGCUGAGUUUCCCAAGCGAAGCCGACAAACGCAACGCCGUAGCGAUUCUCAUCAAAGACCUCGAAAAGGGGCUUGCGAACCCUGGGAUCCGCGUUGUGAAAGCGGUGGAUGUGGAGAGUGGGGAGAUAGCCGCCGUCGCGGUGUGGAAGUUCCGGGGCCAUAGGUUUGAUGAGAUUGAGGAGGGUCUUGAUGUGUUGAGUUUGUUGUCUGGGGUGGGGACGAGAGCGGAGGAUCCGCGGAAGAGGAUGGGGGAUUAUCUCGGUAUGAAGUUUUUGGAGUUUUUUACUGCGUGGUCGGAUAGUACGAAACAUCUCUAUCUGGCGUUUUUGAUGACAGCUCCGCGAUUUCAGCGGCGUGGGUAUGGGACGGCGUUGUUGAAAUGGGGUCAUGAGAUUGCUGAUAAGGGAGGGCUGCCGUUGUUUUUGGUUGCUUCGCCGGUGGGACAUCCGUUGUAUCUUCAUCAGGGCUGGAAAGACGUGCAUGAGUAUAUCAAUCUGGAUUUGAAGGAGUGGGUGGAGGGUGCUUCUGGGGGUGAUCGCGGUUGGGGGACGUAUACGUUUUAUCCUAUGAUGAAAUUGCCGGUCACUGGUGAGAAGGAGAGGUGA